GAAAAACAAUUGCAUAAAAGUCGUGCCAUCUUGAAGAAAAGCAUGAUCUAUUGAUAUUUACUCUUUCUCUGUCUACUAUUUUCUCUCUCUUCCUCAGCUGAGCUUCACAUGUUCUAUUAUCUUUCCGUCAUCAUUGAAAUUUAAAGAAACCCCACAAAAAAAAAUCAAUUUUUAAAUUAUAAAAAUUGAUUCAAGUUUAAGAUUUAUUUAUUUAUUUAUUAUUAUUUUUUUUUUCACAAUCUGACAUUCCCCAGAUCCUUGGCUGUUAACAUAUUCACUUUGUUUUUGGGAUUUGAGAUUACCUUUUUUUGAUUCCUUGAUUAAUUUACUGAUUACAACUUAUGGGUCUGUCUGCUUAAGCAAAGAUUCAACCUUUAAGUUAUUUUAAGUACUCAUGGCCAUGGGUAUUGAACUUCUUAUACAAAUUUUGUAGAUUUUUGAGUUUUGUUUUUGUGGGUCAUCUUUCCUUCAUCAUUAAUACACAAAUAAACCCGACCAAAAUUAUUAAAAAAAAAAAUAUCUUUUUUCACAAUCUGACAUCCCCCAGAUCAUUUCCUGUUAACCUUGUUUUUGGGAUUUGUGAUUUACCUUUUUUGUUCUUUAAUUAAUUUACUGAUUUCAACUAAUAGUUUUGUUUGUUUUGAGUAAAGAACCAGAGAUUCAAUCUUUGAGAUAUUUUAAGUAACGGGUAUUGAACUUUUUCUGCAAAUUUGGUAGAUUUCUGUAAUUUAGUUUUGUGGGUCAUCUUUCAAUUUUCUUUUUCUCUAUCUUCCCAUCAUUUUCUUCUCUUCUGUUCGAAGAUGUUUACAAGCUUUACACAGUAGUAUGUCACUAUAAAAGAGUGUGACAAAUGGGAUUCAAGCAAUGAAAGUUGGUGAAUUUUGGGGGAUGACAUUUUAAUUUGAAGGGUAAUGAAGUGAAGUGUGUGAUCAAGGUGAACUCAUGGACCGCCGGAGUUGGUUAUGGAGGAGAAAGUCAUCAGAUAAGAGUCAUGGUGCCGAAACGGAUAGUUCGGUGUCAGGAUCAGGAUCAAUUUCAUCCCCUUCUGAGAGAUUCUCAGAUGAGCAUCAGGCAUCACCAAACGAAAAUACGCAAUCACCGGAGGUCACCUCAAAAGUUGCACAUCCUGAUGACGAUGUUAAUGAUGGUGUAAAAAUUCUGACGGAGAAACUAUCUGCUGCUGUUGCAACUAUUAGUGCAAAGGAAGAAAUGGUAAAGCAGCAUGCUAAAGUUGCAGAGGAAGCUGUUACAGGUUGGGAAAAGGCUGAAAAUGAGGUGAAUGUACUAAAGCAGCAACUUGAUGCGGCAACAAAGAAAAACACUUCACUUGAAGAUAGGAUACUCCAUCUUGACGGGGCUCUCAAGGAGUGCUUGAGGCAGUUGCGACAAGCAAGAGAAGAGCAAGAUCAGAAAAUUGAAGAAGCCAUUUCUAAGAAAUCGCAGGAUACGGAGUCCAAAAACUCAGAGCUGGGUGUUCAGAUUUCUGAUCUCCGAGCCCAACUAGAAACAGCAAAUGCUAAGCUGGAAGCUGCUGCUGCUUUGGAGUCUGAUCUUCGCUUGAAGCUAAGUUCCGUUGAGAAUGAAAAUACUUCUUUGCGACUGGAACUCCGGUUUCGAUUGGAAGAGUUAGAAAUCAGGACUCUUGAGAGGGAUCUAAGCACGAAAACGGCUGAAACAGCUAGUAAACAACACUUAGAGAGCAUAAAGAGGGUUGCUAAGCUUGAGGCUGAAUGCCGUAGGUUAAAAACCAUGGCUCGUAAAGCGACUUUAUAUAAUGACUCAAAAUCAUUGACAGAUAGUCAAUCAGAUUGCGGGGAAAGGUUAACUGAUUGUGAGCCUAGCCAUUCAGAUUCAUGGACAUCUUCCCAUAAAGUUGAGAAAGCUCCCUCCAAAUCGCACAUGCCCCCUUCACCAGAAAUAAAUCUUAUGGAUGAUUUUCUAGAGAUGGAGAAGUUAGCAGCAUUGCCCGCGAGUGAAAAUAAAAGCCGCAGGUUUGAACCUUCGACCUCAACUGUCAAAUAUAAUAGCAAUGACAGCUCCUCACUAAAAUCAGAACUUGAUACUAUGAUAAAUAGAACAUCUGAAUUGGAGGAGAAGAUUGAGGCUCUUGAAUCGGAAAAAUUAGAUUUAGCUUCGGCAUUAACCCAAUGCCAGAAUAAGCUUAAGCUUUCAGAAGCACAGUUGAACACGUGUCAGAAUCAACUAAAGAUAUCACAAGCACAGUUGAGAGAAGCAAAUAAAAAACUAGGAAUGUUGCAGGCUGAAUUGGAUUUGGCAAAUGAAUUGAGGCAGGCGAUUGACCUAGAGCUUGAUGAUGCCAAUGUAAGAAAGGAGGAGGCAGAGUCAAAGUGUAAAGCAAUGGAGGACGAGAGAGGAAUUCUGCUGUCAAAAGUGAGUUUUUUGGAGGGCGAAGCUGAAAAGGAGAGGAAAUUAUAUUCAGAAGCUUCGGUAAAGUGUUGUGCUUUGGAAGAUGAGCUUUCUAGGAUGAAACAUGAAUAUGAUACAUGGAAAAUCCAGUUAACUCCCAUGAAUGAAUCGAAGGAGGAACUUGAGCGAGAGCUUAUGAGUACAACUGCAAAGAAAGAUGUAGCAGAAUCUCAGCUAAAAGAUUUAAAUGCUGAGACGAAAUCCCUGCUUGCUAAAAUUGAUUCCUUAGAUGUGGAUAUCGAAAACGAGAGAAAAUUGUCUAGAGAAUUUAGUUCCAAGUGUAAGGUGUUAGAGAAUGAGCUUUCGAGAAUGAAACAUGAUGCUGACAUCUGGGAAAGUAGAGUAACUUCAGCCAAUGAUUCAAACGAUGCAGUUAAUCAAGAGCUUCAGAUGAUAUAUGCAAAUAAAGACAAAGCGGAGUCACAGCUUAAAGUGAUGCUUGCUAAAGUUGGUUCGUUAGAGCAUGAAUUGGAAAAGGAGAGGGCAAUGUCUGCAGAGUUUGCUACCAAGUGUAGGAAGUUAGAAGACGAGCUCUCAAAAAUCAAAUCUGAAGCCAGACUUCAGCUUAUACCGAUCACUAAGGAGGAAAUGGAUGAACAGCAGGAAAAGGAAUUAGCAGUAGCUGCAUAUAAACUGGCAGAAUGUCAGAAGACGAUUGCAUCACUCGGGAAUCAACUGAAAUCCCUGGCAGCACUCGAGGAUCUCUUCUUGGAGUCAGAAAAGCUGUUGAAAGUCUCUGGAAAAGACUCACAGCCUCCCCUUAUUAAUAGUGUAAUACCGGACACAGUAUCUUCGGAAUCUGAUCAAUGUACUUAAUUCAGCACGGCCAAUAAUGGGAACUCCACCAAAGAUGAUGCUAAAGAGGGCAUGUCGUCAUUGUGUCUAGACAAGCGGGAUAAACAUGGGGUUGGAAAAUCGUUUUCACGAUCCAGGAGCGUAGUUAGAAGCUAGAACACCUGAAAACUGAUGACAUAUAAGAAGUUUGAGCUCAUUCUAUUGUCUGGUGUUAUAUUUCAAUUCAGUGCCUAAGAUUUGUACAUCAAUGAUCACUUUUGUGUACAGGCAAUUUUUAUAAAUUCUGUAACUCUUUUGAUCCACAUUUUUGAUUGGUAAAGUAUAAGAAAAGUUUUGUAGAUCUGUAAUUCAUCAUUUUCUUAUUUAAAUUAGUUCCUUGAAAUAAAUUAUCUUGUUGUAAAUCUAUGGCAGUACUUAUUUAAUUAAAUGAUUAAAAUGAUUUGGUAA